CUCUCCAGCCGGCAGACAUGGCGACAGCGAGGACGCUCGUAUGCUCCACAACAAGCUGCAUCUGAAGCGGCUCCGCAGCAUCACCGUCGCGCUCGGCGCAUUCGUGGACAAACGCACACUUGCACACAGCGGAUUUAUAAUCGGGGCUGAGCCAGGAAGACCAUGGUGGAACAGGGCCAAACGUCGUUGGCGGGACAGAGGUUAGGGGCACCAGAGACUCUGGGGAUCAGCACCCUAGAGCCCGGACACAAACCACCUGCUAUGCCACCUGGACGCCUGGUGCCCAUCAGAGUCGUGCUGCUGGAUGACUCAGAGGAGAUAUUCAACAUAUCGCAUCGAGCAUCGGGCCGGGUUCUGUUCGAGAUGGUCUGCUUGCAUCUGAACCUUAUUGAGGGGGAUUACUUUGGCCUAGAGUUCCAGAGCCAUCACAGAAAAAUGGUUUGGUUGGAUUUACUAAAGCCCAUUAGAAAGCAGAUCACACGGCCCAAGCAUAUCUUCCUUCGGUUUGUUGUGAAAUUCUUCCCCCCGGAUCAUUCGCUGCUGUUGGAGGAGCUGACCAGGUACUUGUUUGCGCUGCAGGUGAGGCAGGAUCUGGCCAGCGGACGUCUCACGUGUAGCGACGCCAGCGCUGCUCUUUUGGUCUCUCAUAUCAUCCAGUCCGAGAUUGGGGAUUUUGAGGAAACUCAGUGUAGACAGCAUCUACUUAACACCAACUACAUCCCUGACCAGAUGGCCCUGAUGGACAAAAUCGUGGAGUUCCAACAUAAACACAUUGGACAGACGCCAGCAGAGUCAGAUUACCGGUUGCUGGAGGUGGCGUGCAGGUUGGAGAUGUACGGCAUCCGACUCCAUCCUGCUAAAGACAGAGAAGGAACCAAACUCAGUCUGGCUGUAGCACACGGCGGCGUCCUCGUGUUUCAGGGACACAACAGGAUCAACAACUUCAACUGGUCUAAAAUCCGCAAGCUGAGCUUCAAGAGAAGGAGGUUCCUUAUCAAACUAAGAGCAGACCCUAGUAAUGUUAAUCAAGAUACUCUGGAGUUUUUGAUGGCGAGUCGGGACUGCUGUAAAAUGUUUUGGAAGAUCUGUGUGGAGUAUCACGCCUUCUUCAGGCUCUUUGAGGAACCCAGACCCAAACCCAAACCGGUGCUGUUCAGCAGGGGCUCUUCCUUCAGGUUCAGUGGUCGGACACAGAGGCAGGUGAUAGAUUAUGUGAAGGAAAAUGAGUUUAAAAAACUGCCCUUUGAUAGGAAACAUAGUCGAGUGCAGUACAACAGCAGUCUGUCACCUCUGCGUUCUGCACAGCACCAAGUGCCAAAUCAAGCUGUCAAGCAGAGCUGGGAGGGCUCAUUUUUAGUAAGCUCAGAAGAUUCUGCGGUAAUAAGACCAUGUGGAAACUCCUCUACAUCGUCUCAGCGCAACGGAUGCAGCGACCAAACGUACACCAUUCAGGAGGACAGCAGAAGCCCGGCAGCCAAGCAGCAGCCCGUCGAUCGAGCAGGUCUGGCGUCCCAUGCAGCUAAAGGCAGCAGCUCAUCCAUCCCGUACAUUGACUGCAGUGAUGCAGAGUUUAGCGAACAGGAAGUCAGAGGUCGGGUCAGCAGGUCACACUCGCACACACGCGAUGGCAACAGUGACAGCGCUUAUGGCACCGGGUUUGGUUUGCCCCGGUCACACCAGCAGGACAGAUACUUGGGCAAGUUCAGGCAGAGAGAGUCUCUGCCUCUUUCCCCUGUAAGCCAAGCCACAAGCCCCGCCCACAGCUACCCAAGCCCCUCCUCUCCAAAUCAAAGUGCUAACAUUUUCGAGUCGCCAUUUUUUGGAGGCAGGGUACGUGUGCCGCUUCAUAGCACACUAUUGGAAGAGUUGGCCACAAAAAGCUCCUUAAACCACCACACAGGCACCCGAAGCCUGACCUCUAGCCCUGCCCCCUCCUCAAUUCACAGGACCAGCUCCCUAAGCUACGCCCAGUAUAAUGGAUACACUGGGCGGAGCUUUAGUUCAAAAGCAGGAUGGGAGGAAAGAGGGGGACUAUUUAGUAGCUGCUCCCCAAUUAUGAAUCGUUCAGCAAACAAGUCCCAGAACACCGUUAACCAGUUAGAAAGAAACAUGCGCGUCUCGAAUCAGCCACACCCUCCCGUUCUCUCCCGUGCCGAGAGAAUGGCCAUGUUGGAGCGCCGAAUGCUGGCCAAUGGGCUCACGCCUCCCGGCAAGGCCAAUCUUAAGCCAAGCUCCCCACACCGUCGCUUCGGGGCUGUGCAGAUGAUUGACGGCUCCACCAGUAGUGGAACAGACACUAGCGACUCAGAAGAGGCGGAGUCUACUGGCUCCUGCAGCCAAUCGCUGGGGUUUGAAAACCAAGCCACCCGUAGUUCGUCCCGCCUCCCCAGAAACAAGUACUCAUUUGGAAGCUUGCAGCUAGAUGAGCUCGAUGAUGAAGGAGGGUGUGUGAACCUCAGUGAUGAGGAAGGGAUGCAAGUGUUUAACUGCUAUUCUGAUGCUGCAAUAAUCUGGAAUACUUCAGGAAUUCAGAGUGAUGUUGUCACUCCCUGGAAGGUGACGUGUGCUUUAGUUAACGGUCACGCUGAUGACUGUAGAGGAGCGACGCCGUCUCCUCUCAUCUCACCCAUGCUGAAUGACACUGGUGCCAUACGCACUGAUGACGAGGAGGACAACAGGAGGAAGAACUGUCCCGCUGAUAAUGCAUACUGCAUUGCUAAAGAGCUGCUGUGUACUGAGAGGACAUACCUGAAGGACCUGGAGCUGAUCACAGUGUGGGAUAAAGAGGAUUGUGUUCCUGACGCUCUGAAGACACUGUUGAGUUCCACCUAUGAGCCGCUACAUUCCCACCACACACACUUCCUCCAGGAGCUCGAGGAGAGACUGUCCCUGUGUGAAGGCCGAUGCAAUACGGAGGUUAAAGGAGAAAUGCAGCGUAUAGGAGACCUGCUGCUGAGGAGCGCACAGGAGCUGAAGGCUCUCUCAGCUCAGCUGCAGAUGAUCUCCGAGUGUGUGUUUGCGCUGGAGAGAGCGUGUGUCGCGUCCCGCAGGCUGGAGUGUGUGUGCCGUGAGUUUGAGCUGCAGAAGGUGUGUUACAUUCCUCUGAACGUCUUUCUGCUGAGUCCCCUCCAUCGCCUGCUGCACUACAGACAGAUACUAGACAGACUCUGCAAACACUACCCGCCGACACACACCGACUACAGCGACUGCAGAGCUGCUUUAGACGAUGUGUGUGAAUUGGAGGCUGCGCUUCGUCCUGGUCUGGAAGAGAUUGAGAACUAUCAGAAACUCCUGGAGCUUCAGAAGGAUUUGAUUGGUGUUGAGCAUCUGGCCGUGGCUGGAUGUCAGCUCAUCAGACUGGGCUGCCUCAGCAAACUCUCUGGGAAAGGCCUUCAACAGCGCAUGUUCUUCCUGUUCAAUGACGUUCUGUUGUACAGCACUCGAGGGAUAACAUCAGCCAAUCAGUUUACAGUGCACAGACAACUUACUCUGCACGGCAUGACAAUCCGGGAGAGUGAGGACGAGUGGGGCGUCCCGCACUCCUUCACACUGAUGGUACAGCAGCAGUCACUGGUGGUCGCCGCAUGCCAGUUCAAUGACGUUCUGUUGUACAGCACUCGAGGGAUAACAUCAGCCAAUCAGUUUACAGUGCACAGACAACUUACUCUGCACGGCAUGACAAUCCGGGAGAGUGAGGACGAGUGGGGCGUCCCGCACUCCUUCACACUGAUGGUACAGCAGCAGUCACUGGUGGUCGCCGCAUGUUCAGAGUCAGAAAUGGAGAAAUGGAUGGAGGAUUUAAAGAUGGCGGUUGACAUGGCUGAAGAGUGUAAUGGACUGACCACUGACCUGCUGUCUGCUAGCAAGGAUGUCAAAUCCUCAGGGGCGUCUGAAGUGGAGUCAGAGGAUGAUCUUUGUGGAUCUCGAACAUCUUUGGCUCGAAAUGGCAACAAUUCAGGAAACACUCUCAACCGCGGCAACACGACAGCACACGUGUGCUGGCAUCGCAACACCAGUGUUUCCAUGCUGGACUUCAGCAUCGCCAUAGAGAACCAGCUCUCAGGAAAUCUGCUCCGAAAGUUUAAAAACAGUAACGGCUGGCAGAAACUCUGGGUGGUUUUCACCAACUUCACCUUGUUCUUCUACAAAGCACACGAGGAUGAGUAUCCGCUGACCAGUCUGCCGUUGUUGGGUUACUCAGUAACACAUGCCGGCGAGUCGGAAAACAUCCAUAAAGAUCACGUCUUCAAACUGCAUUUCAAAUCUCAUAUCUACUACUUCAGAACGGAGAGUGAAUACUUUUUCGAAAGAUGGAUGACGGUGAUCAGAAGUGCUACAGUCUCUGCCAGCAGAACCCGCUAUCUGAACCGGACCGAACCGGACUGAACCUGCCAUGUGAACCAGGCUGAACCCUACUGAAACUGCCAUCUGACCUGGACAGAAAAAAACAUAGACCCAUGCAGGCAUAUAGGGAGCAACCAUCUCCGUGUGUGUGUGUGCUUUUAUGACAACGUCACUUUUUUUUAGUGACUGACUUUUUUUUAAUAGCAUUGUUUCAUAGUAUGACAUUAAAGGGGAAUGUCGCCAUUUCACUUCUGAGCCUUUUAAUAGACGCUCUUCAGUUCAAAUAUUAGCCUCGGGCAAAAUUAUUUGUAUUUUUG